ACACAUCCUGCAUACAUUAUGUAAACAAUAAAUAUUUCUGCAAAUUGCUUAGUGCACAUGACAUACAGACAUUAUUUAGCAAUUUUUCUGAAAACCAAGGGAUAGCUACCAUAGACAGAAUAUAUAAGACAGUUAUGAGAAGAAAAAGAAACAAUGGCCAGGAAUCAUACAACAGCAGCAGUUUUGAUUUUAAUGCUUUUUGUUGUUAGAGUUGAUGGACUUCCUUGUAAAGAUGGUCAAGUACAGAGAAUAAAUAAUACUGGCAAUAAGAUCUGUUGUUAUACAACUGUUUGUGCAGAGAGCAAGCAGUUUGUAUUUUGCACAUACAAUGAUGGAUAUGAUACUUGUAAGAAUUGUCCGUCUGGAAAGUACACCAAAGAUAAAAUAAAAACAUCAGAGUGGUUUGAACAAAUUGAUAUCUGUGUAACGAAGCCAACCUGUGCUGAAAUUGACACAACCUGGAUAAAUGGAGAGUGUUUGUGUAACAAAUUCAAUGGUUACUAUGGUAACGACAUAAACAACUGCCAGCUUGACACAAAGCACUGCAAGGAGGCUGGUUAUGAAUUGGAUAAUGAUGGUAAUUGUGUUGAAUGUGAAAAAGAAUAUUUUAAACCAGAAAAUGGUGGAUACGGAGUGUGUCGUAGAAAAACUCAGUGUACACGUCAUCAAGUAGAGGCUCAUCCAGGAUCAUCUAAGGCAGAUAGGAAGUGUCGCCCAAGAACAGCCAAGGACGGUCCUCCUCCCACUCCCCCACCCACCACAGAUCAGACUGAUCAUGGAGCCAAUGGUACCAGACUAGGGGGAGAUGGUGAUGGAUUACACCAUAUGUAUAUCUGGUUGAUAGGUGUAAUACUUUCAUCCCUGCUUAUCUUGUCCGCGUCGGCCAUAUUGAUUUAUGUGUUCAGAAAGAAAUGGUGCUGUGCUACUUUUCUUAAGUUGUUUAAAGUUGGUAGACGCUAUUCCCCUGUCCCUCCAGUUGAGAAUGGAAGUGAUAGAGGACACUCUGUUACUCGUAAUUCUCGUGAAGAAGAUCAUGAACUUACAAGUAUUACAAACAUUGACUCAAGUUUGGACAGUAGCAAAUCAAGCUCAAAUUCAUCUAAGGAUCAUGAAGCCACAUGUGCUAAAUAUAGAAUAACAGAAGUUAUUGUUGAAAUGGAUGAAAACGAAACUGGUGUAAAGACAUUAGCUUUAGAACCGAAAGGUGAUGAAGAAACAGUGGUCAAAUCCGUCUCGGAUGAACUAGAUGCCAGACAAACAAAUCAAGCAGCAGAUAUAGAUUCAACUAGUUUAAAAGCAAGAUAUGAUGAAAAAGGUCAUGAUAAAGGUCAAGGUAAAGGUGAACUUGAUUCAGAAUCCACAGAUGUAAAGCAAUUGUCCUGUGAAGAUUUGCUAAUGAGUGCAACACCCAGCGACGAUGCUGCAGACAGCAUUACAAAAGUCAAGAAACAUUUGCCUGCAGAUGAUAAAGAUUUGAGUAUAACCAAAGUCAAGAGAAUGAAUGAAAAUGAAAAUAGAGCUAAAAGUGGAAGUAGAACACCAAAAAGAUACCACAAAAUGAGAGGAUAUCUGGAUAAAUCUAAAAAGGGGUACUCGGUGGAUCUGAAUUGGCUCAAAUUCAGGAAGAAAAAUACACAGGAGACAAGUUUUAGCUUGCCAUCUACUCCUAAAAAAUCAAAUUUGUUUGGUGCUACGUCUAAAGAGUCAGAUAGACCAACUUUGAAAGUUGAACCAUUUUCAAGAAGGAGUUCACCUCGUAACUCACAACUAGAGAGUGGAAAUGAUAUGGCGUCUGCAGGUGCUGAUGAUAGCUUCAAAACAGUUCCAUCAGGAAUUUCCUAUCCAAUGUUUAGUGAUAGCGUUGGAAUGUCUCAUCCUAUGUUCAGUGAUAGCACUGGAAUGUCUCAUCCUAUGUUCAGUGAUAGCACUGGAAUGUCUCAUCCUAUGUUCAGUGAUAGCACUGGAAUGUCUCAUCCUAUGUUCAGUGAUAGCAUAGGAAUGUCUCAUCCAUUGUUCAGUGAUAGCACUGGAUUUUACAGUUGUGAUGAUGAGGGUAUCAUGGCAGAUCCAUUAAAUGCUUCCCAACAACAUCAACAGAGAAGAAGUAACAGAACUACGUUGCCGCCAAAUGUAUUCAUUGUGGAGGGUGACUUAGACAAUGGGAAAGAUAGUAAUGGUAGAGUAAGGUCCUUGCCAAUCAUUUCUCAGGAAAGUCAGGAAGAUUUGGAGAAUGGAAACGUAUCAUAUUGGCAACAGCUUGCACUGCAUGGUAUUGAAACUGGAGCAAGACCAAAGGAUGAAGGUCAUAAUAUCAUACACCCAUCCGUCCAUUUGUCCCAGAGGCAAAAUGCAAUAACAUAUACCUCACAAAGUAAUGAAGAAGUUCAUACGAGCAUUGGAAGAGCAGAAGGCAAUGAUGGAAUACAACUACCAGUCGAGUGUGCUGUUAUCGAGACAGGGGAGCAGAUCUCAUUUGAUCCUCUUAGUACACUUGAUGCUAAUUCCAUUAUGAAUGAGACUCAGGAAUCAAUAACUCCUUCAAACCCACUGAUAAGCAUUCCAAGACCACAUGAGGUUUUGCCUCCACCUGAACCAGUGUUUGACGAAACAAUGGUGGCGGGGCCGUCUUCUGGGAGUAGUGAAGAGGCCAUCAGUGAGGGAGGUGCAAGUGAAGGGGCUACAAGUGAGGGAGCAGUUAGUGAAGGAUCAGCAGCAAGUGUUGUUAUGCCUUUGUUAGAAAGAAAGGAAGAGGGAUCAUCAAGCACAGGUAGUGGUAGUUCCAGAAAAAGAACUUUAUCAAGAAGUUUAUCAAUGGAAGAGGAAAAUAAAGAUUCUUCAAGCUCAACAGAAAAGUCUAUGGGAUAGAGAGUUACAAACUUAUCAGAAUAGUCAAAAGGAUAGAGAGUUAUUAAAGAAAAUAUCAGAGGACAGAAUUUUUUUUGGAGAAGAGGUUGAAAAAGUCUUCCAAAUCACCUUAAUCAUCAAGGCUCAUCACAUUCAAAUAUAUCAACAUUUGGCAAGAGUUUAAAAAAUUGUGUUGUUUUUCAGUCAGUAUUUGUAAGAAUUUUUUUGAAAUGACGAUCUCAUGCAAUCAUUUAAUUUAGAGGAGUUUGAAUAAUUGUAACUAGUAUGAUUUUUGAAGAAUGUUUUUAUGUCCUAUAGAUACAAAAAUAAAAUGCUUAAGAUUUUUUCAAAGCUGUGCUUUUAUGCUUUUUCAGAAUUAUUUUCAAUAAGAUUUUACUUAAAGCAGACAUAGUUGUAAUAAAUGACAUGUAUGUGCUAAAAGGCAGAAGAAAGGACUUUUUAUUAAAGCAGAGAUUUAAAAUGAAAGCUUUAAAUGUAAAUUCAAAAGGUGCAAUAUUUAUUAUUUAUUUAAAAAUUUGUAAAUUUUAUAUGUAUUAAUUUAUGAUGAAAAUUGGACAUUAGAUAAUUGUGUAUUAUUCUGUAAUUAAUAUAUUUCCAGUAAACAUGGUUGAAAAAGCAUUUACAAGCCAAAUUUUAGACAAUUUUCGUUUGUUAGAUGCCUACCCAUCCAUUUGUCAAUUUGAUGGUUUAUGAUACUUUUAUGAUAAAGGCAUAAGUAAAUUUCUCAAAUAGUAAUGAACCUGCACCAAUUAAAGCUUUUUGAAAAGCUAAUAUUUAAAAAAAAACUGGUAAUGAGAGUCAUAACCAUGAUUCCCUUAUAAGCUUAAAUCCCUUUUUUCUGCAGAAGGAAAAUAGCUUAUAUGAGACAAUGACCUUUUUAGGCAUUUUCAUUUAAGGAAUAAUUUUAUACUUUAUAUCUUUAAGCUUAUAAGUUAUACUAAAUGUCUUCUUUAAGAAAAGUGUCAAAAGUGUUUUUGUAUUUGGUGUUUUUUGUAUUUAUUACUUAGUUUGAGAAAAAAAAAGAACAUCAUCUCUAAAUGUUAACUAUGAAAGUCAAUAUUAUGUAUUAGUUCUUGUAUAAUCACAUAAAAUUCUAUGGUAUUUCAGUUAAGAGCCAUGAGUUAGAUGUACGGAAAAAUCAAUUUUUGAUGUCAUAAUUUAUUAUAAAUAGAGAAAUCUUGUGGUGUUAAAAUUAUUGUUCCUUGAAAUGUGAAGAAAGCAUUUAAUUUAUUUUUUGAGAGGGGAAACACUUUUAAGUGAAGAUUUGUUCAUUAUUUAAGAUGUUAAGCAACUGAUAUACAAAUAAAUAAUUUGAAAUGAAGCGAAUAGUUUUAAAGAAAAAUAUUUCCUGUUUAUUUAUUGUAUAUUCACACCUGAAAAACAAGUGGUCAGUAUUUGUUGUCGGAAGUAAAAUUUUGAAAAGGACAUAAUUUGAACCAAGAUCUUGAAUUUUGUAUAAACUUUAAUGUUACAUUCAUGAACGGCAGCCAUUGGUGUCAAGAAAUACAUUUAGCCUUGGACAUGUUAAAUUCAUUUUUUUCUUAGAGAGGCAGCAAACUUACCAACAUUGAAAAUUGUAAUUUUCUCUUUUCGUAAAUUGAAAACAUAAUAAAAUCGGUGAUUAUAUUUUUUUCUGAUUUCCAUGAGAAUGAUAAAUUUAUCUUCAAUAGUCCAUUUGCCAACUACCGAUUUGAUUCUUUUAUUAUAUACACACUUUUAACACAGCUUGCUUUCCUUUGUCAAUUGUAGACUGGUUCUAUACUAGACAAAAUUGGCUUCUGCCCAUGCAAAGCAUGAUAAGUUGAUAAUGAUAUAUCAACAUUUUAACCAAUUUUUAGUGCAAAAUAACUACUGGUAUCAAAAGUUUUUCGCUUAACACAAAAUUAAGUGUAAAUUAAAAGAUUUGAAAAACUUAAAGGUUACACACAUAAAACACAUAUAUUUUUUUUCUUUCUGGUCCAUUGUCAAUGAAAAUUAAUGUUUCUCCUAAAAAGGGAGACAACUGAAAAAGGAAUCUUUUAAUUACAGGGUCAUUUAUGGGAAUUGUCAAAUAGACUAUUAUUCCUGGAAUAAACUAAACACUAAAACUUAUGAACAUUUGUUUGACUGAUUUGUGAAGCAAAAUAAGAAUUUACUAAUUUGUGAUCUUAUCAAUUUUGAAUGUUGGCAUAUAAUAUCACUUUGUUGCUUUUAAUCCUAUCUGAUUGAUUUUAGAAUUAUCAUUCAAAUCCAAAGUCACUGUUUUUGCUCAAGAUUUUUUUUAAUUUUUUAAAUUUAGAAGCAAAAUAAGAUCACCAAAAAAUAAAAGAUUGACUUGUUUAAUUAAGAAUUUUUAUUAAUACUGUCUAAACCUACAAUCAUUCAACUUGUGUAGGGUUGCAUUUGGGUGAGCGCUUCAAAUUCUUUACAAAAAACAGGUCACUGUGACCUAAUGUUACAAAUUGCAAACUUUUAUUAACAGUUACAUUUAAAUGCCUUAUUCUCAUACAAAAUGACCAAUAAUAAUAUAACUUAGUAUGGGGCUGUUUCUUAAAGCUGUUAUCCUAAUGCUAGCAAUUUAAAGGUUUGGUUGGCUUGCUUGCUUUGUUUGUAUAACUGUUUGCACAAGCAUUGUAAUUAAAAUUGACAUCUGCAAUCAAUAGAUAGGCGGGGCUUCAGCUUGUAUACAUUAUUGAUACUUAAAUGUUAUUGGGUGUUUUGUAUAAUGUAAACAAGCUGAAGUCCUGCCUAUCUAUUGAUUGCUUAAUUACAAUGCUUCAGCAUACAUUUAUACAAACAAAGCAAGCAAGCCAACCAAACCUUUAAAUUGCUAGCAUUAGGAUAACAGAUUUAAACAUAUUAAUGACUUAUCAUAUUUUAAAUAGAGGCAUAGAAGUGAAAUGGCAAUAUUUUCCACAUCACGAAGGAUCUUAAAAACUUGAAUAAAAAAAAUUCAUUUUCGAUCUAAGAUUUGAAUGAUAAUUCUUAAGUCAGUGACUUGUUUGAACCAUAUUGAAUAUGGAAAAUUAGCAAUUGGAUUUUAUAUAUUUUUUGUGUUUAAACACAAACAGCAGCACAAGUCAUCUCGGACUCUAAAUGAAAUCUUUUACAAGAAUUUUAAUGUGUUUUUAUAUUUUCUGAGAGCAUUUUAUUGAAUGGAGUAGAAUUAUACCACCAACAUACCAACGUAGUGCAAAUUGUCACCAAAUGUAUGUUGUUAAUGUCAUAGACAAACUAUUAUAUGCAAAGUUGUUAAAAAUAGAUUUUUGGGCUUUCUGAUCUCAAAGAUUAAAACUUUGAAUUGAUGUUUUUGGAAAUUUUCAUUAUUUUAUGAUAAGUAUGCUAAAAUUUUCAACAAUCAAGUACCUUUUGUACAAACAUCUGGAUACAUUCUAUUUCGUUUGGAGGGAAAUAGCUGAUAUCUUAAUUUUAUACGUUGGUACAUUGUCUCAAAGUCAAUUACAUACAACUAAUUGAAAGUAUACCAAGUUAUUUUCGAAAUAGUUGAAAGAGUUAAACAAUAAAAAUAUGCCACUUAAGGUAGAUUCAUUGUAUACCGCCAUCUUGGAUUGUACAAUCGCAGUACAAAAUGGGUCUAGUUAUUUGCCUAAAUCUGCAAAUUGGAGACAGAUUUGCAAUUUAAUGGUUAGACUGUUUAUUUAUAUAAAGAAAACUUAGUGAAUUAUUGUAUUAUACAAAAUAUUUAAACAAAUAUCAUUUUUUUUGAUUUUAGAAUCAUUUUUCUCAAAUGAACCAUUUAAGGAGAGAUAACUCUUUUAGUAAAAAAUUAUACUAGACUGAUAGGGAAAAUUUUAAUUUUUACUUGUAGCAAGAAAACAAGUUCAGUGACACCAUUUUUUCUUUUUAUUUUCUUAAAACAUAUUAUAAAACCUAUCUUUUCACAAUUUAUUUCAAAAUUCUAUCUCAUAGAAUUUUUUUUAUGCACACAAAUGUGUUUUUUCAUGAACAAUCUAACCAAAUUAAGGCAAUUUUCAACGACUCAUAGCUUGAAAAAUAGCACGGUGACCCAUACUUUUUAUUAUAUUUUUGAAAAAAGCAUAGUAAAAUCUUCAUUCUGGCUAAGUAUAAGAAAAUUCUAUUUCAAAAAAUAUAUACUUAUGAUCUACCUUAAAAUGUAUUUUUGGCAACUUUGCAUUAUUUUUAUGAUAUACAAUCAUGACGUUCCACUAAAUACAUGCCAAAAAAGUGGAAAUAAAACCAGCUUAAAGCGAAAUGUGUAACAAAGUUACUGUACUAUAUUAAAAUGAUGUACUAUGAAACAUUUUUGAAUGUAACAUGUAUUUAAAUAUGUGUGCUUUAUGUAAAACUACAAUGUCAUCCAAGUUCCAUUCAGAAUGGACAAUCGUGUAGCUUUGUACAUUACUUGUCAACAGUUUAAUGAAACAUACAUAUUACUUCAUUCAUAAUAUGCAUAAUCCAUUUUCAUACAUAGGUGUAAACUCUCUGAAUCUCAUGUGUGCGAUUUUCCAAUGAUUUCUUGAAAAUUUAAAGAAAAUCCUCUGAAGAUAAUUCUCCUGAGGGGAGGUUCAAGUCUGCCCCUUUGAACCAAGCUCUGCAAGUUUCAUGUAAGAUUGGCAAGUUUCUUUUACUUUCACUGUUAUUUGACACAUACAAUGUAUGCAUGGUAAUUGUUUCUUUCAUUCAAAAUAGCUACAAAUUGUUACAUCCUGAUUUUGGUAAUUAAUUCAUAAAAGAUUGAAUAUAUUUCAACAUUGAUUGAAAGAAUUGAUUAAACAUCAAAAGUUUUAACUCCUAAAAGUAAGAUUUUAUAUUAUAGAAAAAUCAACAUAAUUUAGAUUUAGGGCAAAUUUUCCAAUAAAAAAUCCUUAAAUGAGGAUCUCUCACUUUGAAAUUUAAAAAGUUUACAUCUAUGUUAAUUUAUCUGUCAAAGGUCAAAACAUUUUUACAUAAAUAUUGGUUUCGUACAUGCAAACUUAAAAUGAAUAUGAAUAGGACUUUUUUGAGAAAAUAGAAUUAUUUUGUUAGUGUGUAAAUUUUGAGGAAUUUGUAGGGACAGUUUUAUUCUUUUCAAUACAGAAUGGGCCAAAGAAAAUUAGUUAAGCAGAAAUCGCUAUGAAAAUUAACUUUUUUGUCACUUUUUGUUGUUAAAAAAGAGUUUAAAAAAAUAUGAAUUUUGCAUGGGUGAAAAUUCAUACAAGAAUGUUUUUUUAUAAGUAUAUAAAGCAAAAUUCAAUGUCUAAAGUUUUCAGUGAACCAUGUUGCAAAGUAGCCAACUUGCUUCAGAUGGUCCAUGUAUGAAAUCUUAUUUAUGAAAAAAUGAUUUUGACCCAUUGAUUACUGUAAAUUCAGAAAUUAUUGCGAGGUUUUUAUUAAUGCGAAUAAUGCGACUGGGUGAGUAUCGCAAUAAUAAGAACUCGCAUUUUGAUAUCUGAAACAUAUAUCUUUAUGCAGAUUUUCCUGAAAUCGCAAUAAUUAAACUCGCAUUUAUGUCCAUUUUUUAACAAUCGC